AUGACCGACCUAAGAGGCCCGGGGAGGGUAGUGCGCCCGACUCCAAGGGGCAUAGGCCUGGAGGCUCCGGCUCGGGAGGAAGCUUUCAGAGGAAUGGUGCCAACAGUGGAGGCACAUCCCGCCCUGGCUCGGUCGGGGCAAGGACCUAGGAGUGACGGAGUCCGAGAGCGGCACUUCCACUGUAGGAGAUGUGGAAGGGACCAUCCAGGGAGAGAUUCCGAGGGACAUCUGGUGGAGUGCUACAGUUGCGGGCUGAGCGGACAUAGAGCUUUUGAGUGCAGAUCUAGGAAAGGAGGAUCGUCCCAUUCUAGACUUGGUGCGACCCCGGGAGCCCAGACAGCGACCCGAUCUUCCAAGGAAACCAAGGUCAAUGGUGGAAGCAAGCCGAGUGGAGGUCGUGGGCUGCAGGCUGGGUGA